AUGUUUCAGGUGGCUCUCCAUCCUCCAUCCGGAGCUGCCAGUCUUUUGUCACGCACAAUUCACUUGUCACCUGCGCAAAUACAAGAAGCAGUGAAAGCUGAAGGGGAAAUCGCAACUAUUCCAGAACUUGCUGAGAGCAUCAGUGCCAUCCUGCCAGAAGCAAUCGAAGAAGGGGUUUCGCACGAACAAAUUCCUCUUGUAGAAGACCACGAGAUGCCCCCACCGCCCGUCGUCCAAGCACCCUUCGAUGUCACUGGCGCUGCUGACGCGGCUGCUGCCAUCUCCACUACCACAGUACCCACCGAUGCUAUGGCCAUCGCCACAGCCGCGGCCGCCACCGUCACUACCACGCCUGCCACCCUGCUGCCGUUAGUCGCCGAAAUCUCAGAGAAGGGGGAGCCACUGGAACAGUUUGCGAUUGUUGAAGAACCGGCUGCAAUUGAGCCGUGGCCAGAACAAAUGCAGACCGAAGAUAGAUCUCCAGAUAGGCAACAG